AGCCCGGCAACGAUACAUCAUGUCCUGAGGUGGCAGCAGUUAUUUCCAUGACCAUCACCGGGAAGAUGAUUAGUAUGAGGAGGACUGAUGCUAAUUCUAGCAUGGUUGCAGAUGAUGGGAACCUUUCCCUGAUGGCGCAGUCUAUAUCGACGGGGAUGCCCCUGUUUGCCCUCUCAUUGACAAACGUGAGGUGUGUGACAAGGUCCUGCCGCCUGAAGCCGUACCAUCCGACCUCUGCGAGCAUAGCAUAGAAGCAUGAGUAAAUUCCACACACUACUCUGGUUGAUCAAUACCGUCGUGAAGUUUUUGAGCUUUGGGGCAAUAGUGUUUGAUGUGAACCAGGUGUUUCUGAAGGGACCAUAAAUGUGCACCUCGCCGCUCUCCAGGGAGAAGUCAAUGAUCUCUCUUGCUUUCAACAGUUAACUAGGCAAGCAUAGGCCGUGGUGGGUGGAAGGUGUCGUUGCAGGUGAUGGUGAAGUAGUUAGGCAUAGCUACUCAGGCUGGCCGCAGCACAGCCGGUGCCGAUGCCAAGGGGAUAAGGGAUGGGCGUGUUGCCACACUUACUGGGGCAGCCUGGCGACGACACAGCACGUCCAAUGGUGGCAGCAAUUAUCUCCAUCACAGGGAAGAUGGUGAGCAUGAGGACUGUACUCCUUACAUGGCUACAGGUAAGGGUGGUUACUUGCUGGUGCACAUUUUGUUGCAUCGAUCAUCUAUAGUAAGAUCAUGACAGAUAAUAGGUUCUCCAGAAAGUAUGUGUAGCUUAAUUGAUUGCAGAAUUUUACUAUUCUAAUGCUCUUUGACUGGAGAUUAGGACAGAUCAUGCGUUGGAGAUUUCUACUAUUGUUACUUAACUAGCUUAGCUUAGAUCAGCAUCAACCAAGGGACCUUGACUUGAAUUUUGUGUUGCUGUACCACUGAAAGUUCUGGGAUCCCUCUGCAACUGAAAAAUGGAUAAGUAUAAAAUCACAAUCACAGAAACAAGUCUUUUUUUUUUUACAAACCAGGCUACCCCCACCUUCCAUUAAUUGCUCAACAGAAAUACCAAGUUUUCUACAAGGAUUAAAAGAGAAUGGAAGGGAGGAAAGCUAGUUUGACACACUAGCAGGCCGCUGUUUAUGCCCGCAAUUGAAACAUAAACUACAGGGCGAAAACAUAAACUUCAGAAAUCAGAAGUUGGCUAGUUGAUUUAUUUACACGUUUGGACUAAAAGCUUUUCUGAAACUGACAAGGACACAGCUUCCUGUCCUAGUUCCAUAGGUCGAGAUCUACCUGAGACUUCCCUCUGCAAUAACAAACUCUGGUAGUGGUAGCUACAGUCGAUUCAAAAGAAUCUUGGUUAUUAGACAGCAUGAAUUACGAUCUUUGCUUGUAAGGUCAGAGGGUGAUGCUAAUUAAGGUUCUGUUCUUGUACUACAAGGUCCAGGUGAUGACUGCAUAGGUAGGCUGCAUUGUGUUGCAGUGAGUACUCAAUAUCUGCACUGUGUUGCGGUGAAUAUCUUCUUCCUCAAGAGGAUUCCAUGCACUUAGCUAUGGCUGAAGUUUCAACGUCAUUUGGUUCACAACCAUAGCAUUGCUGACUAAUAUGCAGGAAAAUCUUGAGUUGCCCAGCUGAUCCCCACGACUGCUUGCAGAAAUAAAAGACCCAGAACAAAGCUUCAACUCGAUGCUUAGUCAAGAAAAGCAGGCCAUUAAGUGUAACAAAAUGCAGCAGGUGCUGGACUACUGUCUCCGGCCGGGGUGAAAGUGCCCAGAAGCAGCCCACCAAGUGCACACAGCCAACAGCCACCAUUCUCAUAUCAUAUGAUAGUCUUCUCUAUGCUCUAUCUUAGGACAACAAGCAUCUCUUCGUGCCUUCACCACACCUAGCCAUCCUGUAGAGUGCGAGAACCUUAGAUUGAGCUAUGGAGGUCGCAGCAGGGGCUAUGAGCCCAUUACUCCACAAGCUCGGUGAACUUCUUGUCGGUGAAUUCAAUUUGGAGAAACGAGUGAGGAAAGGCAUCACAUCUCUCGAGACAGAGCUGGCGCUGAUUCACGCCACACUCCUCAAGGUGGCCGAGGUGCCGCCCGACCAGCUUGACAUGGAUGUCAAGGUAUGGGCGGGCAAGGUGCGAGACCUCUCCUAUGACAUGGAGGAUGCCGCCGACUCCUUCAUGGUACGGGUGGAGGAGAGAAGUGACGGGGAGCAGCCGACCAACAUGAAGAACAAAGUGAAGAACUUCCUCAAGAAGACAACAAAGCUGUUUGGUAAAGGCAAGGCUCUUCACCAAAUCUCCGACGCCAUCGAAGAAGCUCGUGACCUCGCUAAGGAGUUGACCGAUCUGCGUAAAAGGUACAAGCUCGAGAUGCAUAGCACUGGUGUUCGUGCUAACAUCGACCCUCGCCUGUUGGAUAUGUACAAAGAUGUGACUGAGAUUGUUGGCAUCGAAGAGGGAAGGGAUAAGUUGGUCCAGAGGCUAACGGCGGGUGAUGAAGGGUCCGACCACCAAGUGAAAACAAUCUCUAUUGUUGGAUUUGGUGGACUGGGCAAGACAACUCUUGCAAAAGCAGUGUAUGAUAGGAUUAAGGUGAAUUUUGACUGUGGAGCUUUUGUUUCAGUGUCUCGGAGCCCUGAUAUCAAGAAAGUUUUCAAGGACAUUCUUUAUCAACUUGAUAAGGACAAGUUUCAAAACAUUCAUACCACAACAAGGGAUGAAAAGCUGCUCAUUGACGAACUCCAUGAAUUUCUCAAUGACAAGAGGUACCUUAUCGUGAUUGAUGAUAUAUGGGAUCAAAAAACAUGGGGGGUUAUCAAGUGUGCUUUGUCAAGAAACGGUCUUGGCAGUCGAAUAAUAACAACAACCCGCAAUAUCAAUGUCUCUGAAGCAUGUUGCUCUAGUGAUGCUGACACUGUUCAUAGGAUGAAACCUCUUUCAGAUAAAGAAUCCCAAAUGCUCUUUUACAAAAGAAUAUUUCAUAGUGAAACUGGAUGUCCUCAUGAGUUGCAAGAAAUCUCCAAAGGUAUCUUGAAGAAAUGUGGGGGGGUACCGCUGGCCAUCAUUACUGUAGCCAGCCUCUUGUCUAGUGAUGAGCAGAUAAAGUCAAAGGAUCACUGGUGUAAUUUGAUGAACUCUAUCGGGCAUGGACUUACUGAAGGUGCUCUUGUGGAGGAUAUGAAGAGAAUAUUGUCAUUUAGCUAUUAUGAUCUGCCUUCCCAUCUGAAAACUUGUUUAUUGUACUUGAGUAUAUUUCCUGAAGACUAUGAAAUUGAGAGAGAGAGACUGAUUUGGAGGUGGAUAGCUGAAGGUUUUAUCCAAUACAGAGAACGAGAAAAGAGCCUAUUUGAGAUUGGUGAGAGUUACUUUAAUGAACUCGUAAACCGAAGCAUGAUCCAGCCGGUACAUAUCAACUGUGAGGACAAGGCACGUGCUUGCCGUGUGCAUGAUAUGGUUCUUGAUCUCAUAUGUUCAUUCUCAAGCGAAGAAAACUUUGUUACUAUAUGGGAAGCGAAGGGGCGCCGAAGCAUACAUGAUUCACUAAGGAAGGUUCGUAGGCUGUCCCUCCAAAACACUAGCAUGGCAGAGCUCAGCAAUCCUGAGCUUGGUACCACAAACAUGUCACAAGUGAGGUCUUUUUCUCUUUUUAUGAAUGAAGAUGUUAAUCCAAUGCCAUCCCUUUCUCCGUUUCAAGUUUUACGGGUUUUGGAUUUAGAAGGUUGUUAUCUAUUUGGAAAACAAGAUAAGAUUAAUCUCAGGCAUCUCGGAAGUUUAAUACACCUGAGGUUUCUAGGACUAAAAGGCACCCGUGUCGGUGAGCAUCAGAUGGAAGUAGGCAGGUUACAUUUUUUACAGACACUGGACAUAAGAUGUACAUAUAUGGAAGAACUAUCACCGAGUGUCUUUCGGCUAAGACAAUUGGUGCGCCUAUGCAUUGAUAGCUGCACAAAGGUGCUGGUCGGGUUAGGGAACCUGGUUUCCCUGGAGGAAUUGGGCACUAUGGACGUGAGGCAUUUCUCUGAUGAUGAUUUCAAAGAGUUGGGCAAUCUGACUGAGUUGAGAGUGCUCUCUAUUUCUUUUUCUGAAGAACAGAAUGAGGAAAAGCAUAAAGCAUUGGCAGACUCCAUAGGCAACAUGCACAAAUUGCAAAGUCUAGAGUUUGCAGGCACUACUGGCCGCAUCGAUUUCAUCCCGGGAGCCUGGGUGCCUCCUCCAGGACUCUGUAAAUUUACCACAGGAUCCAAGAGGUUUUCGACGCUGCCGAAGUGGAUCAAUCCAUCUUCGCUUCCCUUCCUGUCCUACCUAUGGAUACGCAUGGAUCAAGUGCGAGGGGAGCACAUUCAGAUCCUUGGGACUCUGCGUGCUCUUCGUUUCCUCUGCAUACAGAUAAAAUCGGAUGGGCUCAUGGAAGAGCGAGCAGCCAUCGAACGGGGGUUCAUGGUGACAGCUUACCCACGCCUCAGAGAGUGCCGAUUCUUGGGUUUCGUUUCGGUUCCAUGUAUGUUCCCAAGAGGAGCUAUGCCAAUGCUGCGAUUGCUUGAGCUAUGGCUCCGAACGCUUGAUAUCGGCAGCGACCUGGGCAUGGGUCACCUUCCUUCCCUUGAGCAAGUCAGUGUUGGCCUUGUUUGCAAGGAAGCCAGCGUCGAGGAGGUGACGAAAGGGGAAACUGCUGUGAGGCUCGCAGCACAGGAGCAUCCUAACCGCCCCACUCUUCAUAUCACAAGACACGAUUUAGAACCGCUCGUCGAGGAAGAGCUCCAGAGGAUGAAUGGGACGAAUGAAUGAUUGAACUAAGGCAUCAGCAAGGAAGGAAGGGCAGGACUAUCUUUAUUCAAAGAUCCUAAUCAGUGCCUAGCAGCGGUCCGUCACCAUCGGACAGCACCAUUUGAUUAGAAACAAAACAUUGAGACGACUUGGUAACACUAGAUUAUUUGAUCUGUGAUGCCGACUGUAGAGCAAACUGCUUAGGCAUGUACUGUAAAACAAAAUUAUACACAAACAUUGUGCUAGUACUUCCUUUAUUUUCAACUUAUGGGUUGUUUUAGUUUUUUCUAA